UCCAGUCCCCAUGGCAACGGGGGGCGGGGCCUCGGGGGCCGCCGGGAGCCGCCGUGCGGACCUCCCCGCAGGGAUGGAGGGGCGCGGGGAGGAGGCGCCAGAGGAGCCGGAGGUGUCGGAGCCAUCCGACGAGGAGGAGGAGGAGGAGGAGGAGGAGGAGGAGGAGGUGGAUGAAGGCUCCGGGGUGCGGGUGACGCCGGCGCUGCUCAAGGCCGCGACGGGCGAGUUCUCGCUGGAGUCCAUCCUGCUGCUGCGGCUGCGCGGCCGCGGCAUCGCGCACCUGGGCUGCCUGGCCGACUGCUCCAACCUGGAGUGGCUGGACCUGUCAGGCAACGCCAUCGCGGGGCUGGCGCCGCUGGCCGCGCUGCGCGCCCUGGCCGUGCUCAACCUGGCCGCCAACCGCGUGGCCAGCGUGGAGCCGCUGCGGGGCUGCCGCAGCCUGCGCCAGCUCAACCUGGCCGGCAACCGCCUGCGCAGCCUGCGCCAGCUGCGCUGCCUGCAGGGCCUGCGGCACCUGGAGAGCCUGCGCCUGCGGGACCCGCUGGGCAACCUGGCCAACCCGCUGUGCGCCGCGCCGGCCUACCGCGCCGCGCUGGCCGCCAUGCUGCCCGGCCUCAAGGCCAUCGACGGGCAGCGCGUGGCGGGCCGCGGCAGCGAGCUCUUCCGCCUGUGCCGCGAGCUGGACGCCGCGCUGGACGGGGAGGCCGCGCCCGCCGCGCCCGCCGAGCCCCCGCAGCCCUGGGUGCGCGCCGGCUUCUGGGAGCCGCGGCCCGCGCGGCGCAGCCUCGUGCUGGAGGAGGCCACGCGGCAGCUGGGCCAGGCCCUGCGCGAGUGCCGCGAGCUCGGCCGCCGCGCCGACGACUCCAUCGCCCAGGCCCAGCGCGCGCUCGGCCGCCGCCAGCACGGCGACUUCGGCUUCUGAGCGCCAGGAGAGCCCUCGGCCCGGAGCCGGCGUGGGCUGAGCCGCGGGACCCCGAAGGUGGGAAGGGAGAGCCCCCAGAGCCACCACAGCCCAGAGCCACCAUCAUCUGAGCCACAGGACCCCGAAAACGGGGCCAGGAGAACGCCCAGAGCCACCACAGCCCAAAGACACCAUCGUCUGAGCCACAGGACCCCAAAAACGGGGCCAGGAGAACCCCCAGAGCCACCUUCAUCUGAGCCACCAUCAUCCGAGCCACAGGACCCCGAAAAUGGGGCCAGGAGAACCCCCAGAGCCACCACAGCCCAAAGACACCAUUGUCUGAGCCACAGGACCCCAAAAAUGGGGCCAGGAGAACCCCCAGAGCCACCACAGCCCAGAGCCACCAUCAUCUGAGCCACAGGACCCCAAAAACGGGGCCAGGAGAACCCCCAGAGCCACCACAGCCCAAAGCCACCAUCGUCUGAGCCACAGGACCCGAAAAACGGGGCCAGGAGAACCCCCAGAGCCACCACAGCCCAAAGACACCAUUGUCUGAGCCACAGGACCCCAGAAAUGGGGCCAAGAACCCCCAGAGCCACCCACACCCUGAGCUGUGGGACCCCGAAACCAGGGCUGGGAGCCCCUCAGUGCCACCCCUGCCCAAGUUCACUUCCUUCGCCAUGGGAGCCCAGAAAUGGAUCCAGGAAAGCCCUCAGAGCCCACACUGUCACCUUGAGACCCCCAGAGCCUGUCUCCUUCCUCCUGCGAGCCUUGGGACCGCCACACGGGAGCUGGGGCACCCCCAGAGCCACCCCAGCCCAGCAGAGGAUCCCAGGGAGCACCAGAGGAGCUGUGGGGAGCCCAGCCUCGGCUGGGGGACAGCUCGGGGACAGGGGCCGUGGUGGCACUGUGCAUUAAACAUGUCCCACCCUC